UGCCAUGUCAAGAAUUAAGUUCUCUGGGCUGAAGGACAGGACCAGUUAAGAUCUUUGCGAGGCAUUGGCCGUGAUGUGGGCUGAGAUUCUGUGUCUCCUCUGGGCCUCCUCGUUUAUCACGGGAGCACCGGUAAACAAGCUCAGGCACAAGCUGCUGCUGAUCUCCUUUGACGGUUUCCGUUGGGAUUACGACCGCGAUGUGGACACACCGAACUUUGACAAAAUGGCCAGAGAUGGAGUCAAAGCGAUGUACAUCACACCUCCAUACCUAACCAUCACCAGCCCAUCUCAUUUCACCCUCCUGACAGGCCGCUACGUGGAGAACCACGGGGUGAUCCACAACAUGUGGUUCAACACCACCACCUCACAGAAGAAGCCGUACUAUCAGACGCAGUUUGUUAAUGAGUGGUGGGACAACGGCACGCUGCCUAUCUGGAUCACAGCUCAGAGACAGGGACUGAAAGCCGGCUCUCUUCACUUUCCUGGCACAGCUUCUAGUUACCAGGGAGAGGUUACCAUGGUGCGGGAAGUGGAGCCAAUCCUGUAUGACUACAAAAAUGAAAAGGCUUGGCAGCAGAAUACAGACAAGGUUAUGGGCUGGUUCAGAGACCAGGAUCUGGACUUUGUAUCCUUGUACUUUGGUGAGCCAGAUGGGACAGGCCACCUGUACGGCCCUGACUCCCAACAGCGACGGGCGAUGGUCCAGCAAAUCGACAGAACGGUGGGUUACAUCAGGACCUCGGCUGAGAAACAUGGGCUGACUCAUCGUCUGAACAUCAUCUUCACAGCAGAUCACGGCAUGACCACGGUGUACCGCGACGGCCUGGUGGAGGAGAUCACCCUCUCCAAGAUCCCUGGCUUCUCAUUUAAGGACCUGUCUUUUCAUUUGGUGGACUUUGGACCCUCUGGGAUGCUGCUACCAAAGCCGGGAAGGCUGGAGAAGGUGUACAAGGCCUUGAAGGGAUCUCAUCCCCACCUCCAUGUCUACAAGAAGGAGGAGCUGCCAGAGCAUUUACACUUUGCCAGAAAUGACAGAAUCCUCCCCGUGGUCUUAUGGGCCGACCCUGGAUACGUCAUCAAUGGGUACGUGCCGCUUCAGUUCAACAAAGGAGAACAUGGUUUUGACAACCAGGAGAUGGACAUGAAGGUCCUGUUUCGGGCAGUGGGUCCAGCGUUUCGUGAGAACUUCGUGGUGAAGCCAUUUGAGACGGUGGACAUCUACCCCUUGAUGUGUCACAUCCUGGACAUCCAGCCGGAGGUCAACGACGGCCGCCUGAGUGCCACCCAGAAGAUGCUGGUUACCACUGGUGAGUUCACCUGAGU